CUGAGCAUUCUACCCCCGCACCCUGGGCACGGUUUGGUGUGUACACGAUGGGGCCACACUGACCCGAACCCCUCAGCCCUCAGCCCUAUCGCUAUGUCAGUAAAACAUUUAAGAGACCCUCACCGCGUGCGAGCGGGAAGACAUUGCUUUAAACGUGCAAGCGUUCGCUGCCAAAACCCCAGCCCUGCACGUGCAGGCGCCGCUUCUCAGAACAAUGCCAGUUGACCGCUAGUAGGGUAAAGGCCCAUAGGAUUGAACAGGACGCGAAGGCAAUGGCGCAACCCAAGGCCGCGAGGAACGGUGGCGACUGCCCGGCAACGAAAAGGGCCGGAGACGGGUGUUUCGCUGAUGCCGCAGGCAGAAACGAUGAAGGAACGUUGCACUCAAAUCCCUCCGUUCUGCUUCUUGAGGAUGACCCCCACGCGCCCGAGAUGCCAUGGGGCUCUGGGACGGACUCGUAUCGGAAAGCCCUCCGCUCGGCCUUGUGCGUGUUAGCGCUCGGCGUCCUUGGCAGUACCGUUCUGCCUGUACCGUACGCAUUUUCAAAGACCGGCAUCGGGCUGGGCGCGCUCACCAUGGGGCUGGUGGCGGUGGCGAACGACAUCACAUGCUGCAUGAUGAUCCGUGCCGCCGCGCACGUGGGCUGCAGCACCUACGAGCAGCUGUCGGAGUGGGCGGGCGGCAAGAAGGCGCGGGUGUUCACGCAGGUGUCCCUCAUCUUGCUGCUGUACGGCACGCUGUGCGGCGGCCUGGCGUUCCUCUCGGACGUGGCACGUGUCAUGGUGCAGCACGGUCUCGGCCCCGGCCGCGCGCCUGCCCUGCUGGAGUCGGACGGGCGGCCCGUGAUGGUGCUUACGGUGCUGACGGUGCUGCUGCCGCUGUGUCUGCAGCGGCACAUUCGCCAGUUUGAGAAGGCCGCCACGGCGGGCGUAGUGGUGGUGGUGGUCCUGUGCGCCAUCAUCGUCACGCGGGCGGUGCAGCUGGGCUUCCCCGCAGUGGCCAGUGGGGAGCUGGACGUGCUGGCCGUCAAGGUGGAUGAGCACUUGCCGGAGGCGUUUGCGGUGCUGGGAUUUGCGUUCUACAUGCAUCCCAUGCUGAUGCCGCUGCUGAAGGAGAUGCCCGCCGGCCCCGCCGGCAUGCGGCUGACGGAGAAGGCCGUACACAUAACGUUGUUCGGUGUGGCGUGCGGCGUGUAUGGCACGGUGGGCAUAUUCGGCGCCGCCAUCUUUGGGGCCUCCACGGAGAGCAACAUCAUGGUGAACGACCUGCUUCCGGGCCACCCCACUGCCACGCUGGCGCUGUACGCCUCCCUCCUAGUGUACCUGUGCUGCGGCAUGGUCACCACACACUACGCGCUGCGGGCGUCGCUAGACCUGCUGGUGGCGGGCCCUGACGCCCCAUUCACGUGGACCCGGCGUGUUGCGGAGACGUGUGGCAUCCUCACCGCCGCCACAACCGUGGCGCUCCUGUUUCCCACACAGGCCGAGAAAAUCUUCGCGCUCACGGGGUGUACGGCGGUGUGCCUGGUGUGUUACGUCAUCCCGGUCGGAAUCCACCUUGCCGUGCAACGGGACAUUGACCGGAUUCAGAACCAGGACAAUCAGCCGGCCGCUUCUGUGGCAGACGGUGGCGCAACGGAUGGAGACCUGCGGGACCCGCUGCUUGCGCCGGCGGCGGCGCGGCCGCAUGAGAGCGGGGGCCGGGACAGUGCCCGCGCCGAUGUGCGUGUGGCGGGAGCGGGUGGGCAGGUCCGGCAGGACAAGGUUGUAGAGAGUGCACUGGGCAGGUUUACGUCACGUGUGGCGCUGCCGGCGUUCAUUUUGAUGGUGGGUGUGGGCUUCAGUGUGGCAGGGCUGUACGUGGGGUUGGUUGACCUCCUCAACUACCUCAAUGACCGUGGCAGCUAAAGCGUUGGCAGAGUAAGAUGGCGAGGAUUGGAGCCCGUGUUCUUGCAAAGCUUUGUCGGGUGGUGCGGACUGGGCGGUGCUCGAGCCGUCCCAGUAUGCGCGCUCGUGUGGCCCGGCCCCCAUAUGCUGUGGUGCGUCUGUCGACUGACCGGUAAAUCGAGAUGUGGAUUGUAGGGCGGGCAUUCGGUUGACAGACACAUCAACUGACAGGUGCUGUGACGGUGUGUGUGUAUGGAGUGGGCUACGUCUUAGGUUCCGUAUUUCCGUGCACUACUGUGGGUGACGGCCGAGUGUUGUCUGCAUCCUCUUUGUGCAACGUGUGCACGUCUUUGCUUGCGUACUUCGAUCAGCAGGCGGAUUCUAUUCAUGCAAUUUUUAGGUGGCAUCGGAUUAGACUGUAUGGGCUAGCGGGGCAGUUAGUGCUAGACUGCUACCCUUGCCGUAUCGUAAGCAUCGGGUCGGCCGCGGUCCCGCACUUGACGAGAGAACAAGAGGACAGCUGCUAGGACUGCUUGUGCUGAGGACCCGGGCCCGGCUGGUACGGAUCUGCCGUACGGCUGGACAUCAGACGCCAAUAGUUGCAUUGUUAUCACAAUGUGUUGCGAUCGCGCGGUGCACUUUGACACAUGCCCAUCACAUGCCCAUCACAUCUGCG